AUGGGCGCCGAAUGCUCGACUGUUACCGUCCAGCCGGGCGACCUGUGCGGCGCGCUGGCGUCGAGGUGCGGCAUCUCGACGGCGGACCUGUACAAGUACAACCCGGGCUCGACCUUCUGCAACACGCUCCAGCCCGGGCAGCUCGUGUGCUGCUCCGAGGGCUCGCUCCCGGACCUCAAGCCUAAGCCGAACCCGGACGGCACCUGCGCCACCUAUGAGGUGAAGCCGGGGGAGUACUGCUCCCUCAUCGCGGCCAAGUUCCAGCUCUCGGUCGACGACAUCGAGACGUUCAACAGCAACAGCUGGGGCUGGAAUGGCUGUGCUAACGUGCCCAAGUACGCCGUCAUCUGCGUCAGCUCCGGCGACCCGCCCAUGCCGGCGGUUAUUGAUGAUGCUGUAUGCGGCCCGCAGGUCUCGGGCACGCCUCGGCCGAGUGACUGGUCUCAGAUCGCGUCGCUGAACCCAUGCCCCCUGAAUGCCUGCUGCAACACCUGGGGCCGAUGCGGCAUUACCCCUGAGUUCUGCACGCCGCCCAAGACCAAAGGGCAGGCCGGGCGGUGCCUGAACAUGCGAGGCCGACCAGAUCCCAUCCGGCUGACUCGCACGUGCACUUUUCCUUCGCAGGGCAUCACCCCCAACUUCACCGUCGACCUGUCCGGCGCCACCGACCAAUUCCAACUCUUCGUCCAACAAACCGGCUUCAAGAAGAUCCUCGCCUUCGGCGGCUGGUCGGACACCAACCACAACACCUCCCCCCCCAUCUUCCACGAAAGCGUCACCAACACCAACCGGCUCGCCUUCGCGCGCAGCAUCGUCGCCCUCGUCGAGCAGCACAACCUCGACGGCGUCGACUUCGACUGGGAAUACCCGGGCGCCAUCGACCUGGGCGGCUCCCCCGGCGACGGCGCGCGCUACCUGACCUUCCUGCGCAUCAUACGGCAGCUCCUCCCCCCCACCAAGACCAUCUCCCUCGCGGCCCCGGCCUCCUUCUUCUACCUGCAGGGCUACCCGCUCGCCGCCAUGGCCGACGUCGUCGACUACAUCGUGUACAUGGCGUACGACCUGCACGGGGCCUGGGACUACGGCAGCCGCGACAGCCAGAGCGGGUGUCCGGGGGGCGACUGUCUGCGCAGCCAUGUUAAUGGGACCGAGACGGAGUGGGCGCUGGCGCUGGCGACGAAGGCUGGCGUGCCGAGCGCCAAGCUGGUGGUGGGGCUGGCGAGCUACGGGCGGAGCUUUAAGAUGGCGGACCGUGAGUGUCGCGCUGAUCCGAUGUGUCGGUAUGUGGAGGGGGACCCGAUGGUGGGGGUUUGUACGCGCGCGCCGGGGAUGGUGGCGCAGGCGGAGCUGGAGGAUCUGAAGAGGGUGGGGUUUCCCGGGGCGGUGUUUUGGUAUGAUGAGGCGAGUGACUCGGAUAUAGCGCAGUUCAUGACGGAUACGUGGGCGGCGUAUAUGAGUGAGGAGACGAAGGAGCGGCGGAGGACGAGGUAUAAGGGGUUGAACUUUGGCGGGUCGGCGGACUGGGCGAUUGAUCUGGCUGCGUUUGUGCCGGGUGAUUCUGGGAUUCGUAGCAAGACUGCUAAGAGGGGGGCGGAUUCGUUUGUGGCGCGUCGGGCGGGGGGAGUGUAG